AUGGGUGUCCCAGAGAUUAAUGCUGCCGCACCAGAAGCCAAGGCCUCCGAUGGUCGCGCUGCUGUGAUCAAGGUGCAAAAUGAAGACGAAUUGCGUCUGGCUCAGAUGGGCCAUAAACAGGAAUUGAAACGCCAUUUCUCGGUUUGGAGCUUGAUCGGCUUGGCUGCAAACUGCACAAUUUCUUGGACAGGUCUGGGAUUGGGUUUAAUCACAGCGAUCAACGCCGGCGGACCUGGUGCACUUAUCUACGGAUUUAUUCUUGUCUUCAUACUGCAAUCAUUUGUCGGGGCCUCGCUCGCUGAAUUCGUCUCGGCAUACCCGACCGAGGAGGAAUGGAUUUUUACGACCGCGUCAACGAAUUUGAUUUAUGCUACGACUGUCAUGGCAUUGAUUGCACUAUAUCACGAGGAUUUGGUCAUUCAACCCUGGAUGACCUUUGUCGCGUACCAGAUUCUGAACAUAUUUACAUCUGGAAUUGUGAUGUUCGGGAACAGAUUCAUUCCGAUGAUCAAUAAAUUUUCUUUGGUUUACCUCCAGCUUGCAUGGUUUAUCACAAUGGUCACGGUAGCAGCCGCGGCUCCGACCCAUAAUGAUAGCAAGUUCGUAUUUAGAACUUGGAUCAAUAACACCGGAUGGGAAAAUAAUGCUAUGUGCUUCAUCACUGGAUUGGUCAAUCCCUUGUACUCCUUGGGAGGACUGGACGGAAUAUCACAUAUCACUGAGGAAAUGCCCAAUCCUGGAAGAAAUGCCCCUCUUGGACUUGCUAUUACCCUCUCAAUCGCAUUCGUGACCGGUGUCUCCUACUUGCUCAGCCUGAUGUUCUCUGUUCAAAACUACAACUCCCUGGCCGAUACGCCAACCGGCCUUCCCUUGGCUGAGAUCUUCUGGCAAGCAACGUCAACCAAGGGCGGUGCCUUUGGUCUCAUUUUUAUGAUCUGGAUCGCCCUCGGCCCCUGCGUGAUUGGAUCUCAACUGAGCACCGGACGCGUUUUCUGGGCCUUUGCUCGGGACGAAGGUCUUCCUUUAUCGAGAGUUUGGGCGCGCGUCCAUCCCCGACUGGGCUCUCCGCUGAAUGCCCAGCUCUGCGUGGGUGUCAUUAUCGCUCUCCUUGGCUGCAUUUACUUGGGAUCCACGACAGCAUUUAACUCGAUGAUGAGUUCCGCAGUAACCGUCAACAACCUCGCCUACCUGGUUCCGAUUGUAACAAACGUUCUUCUGCGCCGCAAAACGAUGCAUGCAGGCCCAUUCCACAUGAGCCAAACCGUGGGAAUGAGCGUAAAUAUCAUUUCCGCGAUGUGGCUUAUCUUUGCGAUCGUAUUCUUCUCUUUCCCCUUCGAGAUGCCAGCGACAGUCUCGAAUAUGAACUACACGUGUGUUGUCGUUGGCGGGUUCCUCAUCCUGGAACUGUGCUGGUGGUUGAUUGCGGGCAAGAAAUACUCCCAAACAGUCCAGCGCGCCCGCGAGGAGGAACACAAUGCUGCUAUGAUUGUCGAAUCAUCAAGCACGGAUUCUGGGCCGUAA